AUGCACAAGGACAAGCCAGAGCAAACUGAACCGGGUCAAUUGGAGGGGCCCUGGGCUUUCAAAAGGCUCCUCACCACCCUCAUCGAUCUCGUCCUUGCCAUUGCCGCUCUGGUCUUUGUUCUCUUUGGCGGCCUGAUAUACAUGAACGAUGGAGCCCCAGCCACGCCAGGCUCGACGGGCAAACUCUUGCUUGAUAUGGCCAAAUAUGGUCCAACCGUAUUCCCCGUUCUCUUCGCCGCCAUUGCCGGCGCUGCUUUAAAGACGUUUGCAACCUGGCGGCUUCAGAACGGCACUCGUAUCGGGCUGAUUGAGCAACUCGUCGGCAGCCACACGGUAGCUGAAGCAAUCUUCACGCAAGCCCGGCUCAAGGCAUUCAACAUCCUCGCCAUCGCUAUUCUUGUGCUGUGGUGCCUGUCGCCCCUGGGUAGCCAGGCUGCGCUGCGGGCGAUAAGCGCCGACCAGGCGUUCCGAAACGGCACAGGCAAUCUGACGGUGCUGGACACGUUUGCUCCAUUCAGGUACAUGUUGACUGCUAGCGACACGGCGCAGGCUAGGAGGAUGUUGGUCCCGCCCGUCGUCGCGACCAUGAUAUCGGCGCGAUUGCUGCAGGGCAGAAGCCAAGAUCUCUGGGGAAACAUUCGUGUCCCUAUGAUCGAGAGGCUCACCGAAAGUGCCUCGGACACAAACUGGGUCGAUGUCUCAAAGAUCAAGGAUAUCGACUACUCGGCGCUUGUCGGGGUUCCUGUGGUAUCGCUCCCCAGCAAAGAGAACCAUUCCUUCACCUUUUCGGCAUCCUACGUCAACCCCGAAUGUACUACCCUCAAAGUGAAUCCUCGGUACAACUUUACCACGAUUAUACCAAACUUCAACUCGAGCGACAGAAUCAACUGUAAUUGGACCACCGUUCAGCCUGAAUACACCUUGAGGGUCAGCAUCUCCCAACCGUGUUGGGAUGACAUCGAAAGUCUGGGCGAAAAGUAUCGCUCAGGCAAGGAUCGUACAGCCCGCGUCUUUGUAUGGGAGUCUCGCACUUUCGGGCAACAGGCACACUCAUACGCGGAAUGCCACCUGUACACGACAUAUGUCGACGUCAAGAUGGACUGCCAGGGCACAUUGUGCUCGCUGUCCUCUGUACGACGAUCGCCGAAGCCGCCACGGCAUGGCAACUGGACUGCGCUCGAUCUAAGAUACAACUUUCAUGACCCGGAGGGCUUCGUGAAUCUCUUUGCCAACAUGUUUCCGGGAUCAUACAACAGUGGCGGGCAGACUCCCACCAUUGUCUACCUCACUGACCCCUUCAACGCGCUCUCAGCAAAGAACAGGACUGAACCUGCUUCACUCCCGCGUGCGACGUUUGAGACUCGUCUUUCGCACCUGAUAAACUCGCAACUGUUGCUAGGUAUCCAUCCAGGAGAUGUGGCGGGGGGCUUCACCGAGGAAAACGUAAACAACCUUUCCGUCAGCUUCGUCAAUAGGGACACGUACACUCGGGACGAGAUUAUACAAUACAGCGCACUAUGGUUGAUCAUGCUGCUAGCAUCAUCCACGAUCCUCUUUGGCGUAGCCAUAGCUGCCAUUGUUGUUCGCUUCAGGAUACUGGUCCCUGAGGUCCUGGGAUCGCUUGCGCUAGGCAUGCUGGACAACCGAUGUGACGAUAUCAAGCACUCGUCAUUCAUGAGUGGUGAUGACAAGAUGGCCAAGAUGAAGGAGGUCAAGGUGAUGCUAGGCGAUGUUGAGCCUCAUGCAGAGAUUGGUCGGAUUGCGUUGGCGGCCCCGAUGGAGGAUGUGGUGGUUGGCAAGGUACAGAAGGGCAAGUUUUACUUGUAG